GAAUUUGCAGCGCUUACGAAAGAGCUAAAUGUAUGCAGGGAACAGCUGCUUGAAAGGGAAGAAGAAAUUGCCGAACUGAAAGCAGAAAGAAAUAAUACGAGGCUAUUACUGGAACAUUUGGAGUGUCUUGUCUCCAGGCAUGAACGAUCUCUCAGAAUGACUGUUGUAAAGAGACAAGCUCAGUCGCCAGCAGGAGUUUCUAGUGAAGUAGAAGUUCUCAAAGCACUAAAAUCUUUAUUCGAACACCAUAAAGCCCUUGACGAAAAGGUAAGGGAGAGGUUACGAGUAGCACUUGAAAGAUGUAGCUUAUUGGAAGAAGAACUAGGUACUACGCAUAAAGAGUUAAUGAUUCUGAAAGAGCAAAAUAAUCAGAAGAAAACACUUCCAGAUGGGAUGCUGGAUAUAAAUCACGAACAGGAAAAUACACCAACUACAAAUGGGAAGCGAUCCUCUGAUGGUUCUUUAUGCCACGAUGAAAACCUUGCUAAAGUGAUUGAACUCCAAGACAUCAUAGAUAAGCAAAACAAAGAGCAGACACAAAUGAAAGAACGUCUUACUACUUUGUCUAGCAGAGUAACAGAGCUGGAAGAAGAUCUUGACACAGCUAGAAAAGACUUAAUCAAAUCUGAAGAAAUGAAUACGAAGUUACAGAGAGAUGUACGAGAGACUAUGGCCCAAAAGGAAGACAUGGAAGAGAGAAUUACAACUCUUGAGAAACGCUACCUCGCUGCACAACGUGAAGCUACAUCUGUUCAUGACCUCAAUGAUAAACUUGAAAAUGAAAUUGCCACUAAAGACUCCAUGCAUCGACAGAGUGAAGAUAAGAACAGGCAAUUGCAAGAACGACUGGAACUAGCUGAGCAAAAGCUGCAGCAGACUUUGAGAAAAGCUGAAACUCUGCCGGAGGUGGAGGCUGAGCUGGCACAGAGAGUUGCAGCACUUUCAAAGGCUGAGGAGAGGCAUGGCAAUAUAGAGGAACGACUGAGACAGAUGGAAGCACAGCUAGAAGAAAAGAAUCAAGAACUGCAAAGGGCUAGACAGAGAGAGAAGAUGAAUGAAGAGCAUAAUAAACGUUUGUCAGAAACUGUUGAUAAGCUUCUGUCUGAAUCUAAUGAAAGGCUUCAGCUUCAUCUCAAGGAAAGGAUGGCUGCCUUAGAAGAUAAGAAUUCACUUCUUCGAGAAAUUGAAAAUGCGAAAAAACAAAUAGAGGAACUUCAGCAUGAAAAGGAUCAACUUGUAUUAAAUGUCGAAGCAUUAAGGGCUGAAAAUGACCAAGUGAGACUCAGAGCCACAUCACUUCAUCAUAGCCGAGCAGACUUCAGAUACCCUAUGGCAUCUUCGUCUGUGGCUGACAGUCAUACAGACUCCUAUGGCACCUCAUCAGUGUUAAGGCGUCCCCAGAAAGGACGUUUGGCAGCUCUCAGAGAUGAACCUUCAAAGGUUCAAACUCUGAACGAGCAGGACUGGGAGCGAGCCCAGCAAGCAAGUGUAUUGGCAAAUGUGGCACAAGCAUUUGAAAGUGAUGUUGAUGUGUCAGAUGUUGAGGAUGAUAGGGAGACUAUAUUCAGUUCAGUGGAUCUACUAUCACCAAGUGGUCAGGCUGAUGCUCAGACUUUGGCCAUGAUGCUUCAAGAACAGUUGGAUGCGAUCAACAAAGAGAUUAGACUUAUACAAGAAGAGAAGGAAAACACAGAGCAGCGUGCUGAGGAGAUUGAAAGCAGAGUGGGUAGUGGAAGUUUGGAUGCCCAUGGUCGAUUCCGGUCCAUGAGCUCCAUUCCUCCUCCCUAUGCAAGUGGUUCACUUGCUGGUUCUUCCCCACCUGGCAGUGGCCGCUCCACCCCAAGGCGGAUUCCACAUAGUCCGGCUCGGGAAGUGGACAGACUAGGUAUCAUGACACUGUCACCAGCUUCUAGAGAAGAGGUACGAGACGAUAAAACCACAAUAAAAUGUGAGACGUCACCACCUUCUUCGCCUCGAUCUUUGCGUUUGGACAGAGUCCAAAAAGGAGCUUUGCAUACAGUGAGCCAUGAAGAUAUCAGGGACAUAAGAAAUUCAACAGGCUCGCAAGAUGGGCAAACAAGUAAUCCUAGUAGCAGCAACAGUAGCCAAGAUUCCCUUCAUAAAGCCCCCAAAAAGAAGGGGAUCAAAUCCUCAAUAGGCCGCUUGUUUGGCAAGAAAGAAAAGGGACGACCUGGACAAACAAGCAAGGAAACAUUAGGACACGGUUG